AGGGCACAUCUAUGUCAAAUUGUUGAGCCGGAGCAAGGCUUUGCAAUACAGUUUCAGUACCCUGAUGGCACCAGGAAAACAAGGAAAUUUGUUGAGUCUCAACCAAUUCAGGUAUUUUGUGUUAGCUAAUUUGUAAGUUAUUUCUGCACAUUUAGUAUAUUCAGUAUAUAGUUCUGAUUUGUCAUUUCUAUAUUUGCUCAUGUGUUGUAAAGGAUCUGUUUGCCUUUGCUGGUUCAGACGACAUGGCCAGUCAAGUAUUCCGUGUACAGCUGUCCUGGUCACCGAACACUAUACUUAGUACUGUUGAUGGUAGCCCCUCAGAUCAUGAAAUUAGUAGGCCCUCAUCCUUAUAUGUGCUUUGGAUGUCAGGUGUUCAAAUAGAGGAAUUAAUUGCAUCCAGUGUUGAAUCUUCAACUGACCAACUGGCUGCUACUCAGGACUUAGGAAGCAUCCCAAGUCCCCUCCAUUCCAGUGAUCAGGAUGUUGGCUUCUCCCCCUGCCCUGUUCCAGCUUUCUCACCACCAAUUGACAAUUCUUCACCCUCGUCACCACCAUGGUCUUUGAUUUCUCUUUUCCCUUUACUAUUGCCACAUCUCCUAGCCCAGUGGUCUUCAAACCUGGUCCUGGGAACCUGCCGCUCUGUACAUUUUGUCUGUAUUUUUUAUUUUACACAUUUGAUUCAAAUCAGCUUGUUAAGUGGAAGCUCCAUUAACUGAACCAACUGGUCUUUUAAGAGGUAAAUACAAAAUUUCCAGAGCUGUGGGAUUGAAACCGAUUGUUCUUGUUUGUAAAAUGUAAGAUUACACACAGAUUUACUAACAGCUUGCUCCAGCGCAAACCAUCUUUCGGGGUCACAAAAGUACUGUCAGGAUUUACCAAAGACACGCAGUGAAAAAAUAAUCAAUUUAUUGGUAUUUGUGCCAUUAUUUACAGGCCAAAAAAAACGUGACUCAUUUUGCACCUGUUUUGUCACACACACAUGAUUAUCAGUGGCUUUGAUGUGGUGUGUUCAAUAGAUCAUCGCUUUCCACUACCAAUGGCACUUUUAUGGAUUUGUGCUCUCACGCUAAUUUGCCCUGUUUAGUAAAUUUGGCCCUAAGUUUAAUACAGUUUGUUGUGUGGAAUUGUGUCUAGACUAAGUUAUGCAAUUAAAUGCAAUUAAUGCAGUUAUACUAAGUUAUGCAUUUACAGUGAAGUUUAUGCAUUAGAUUCUGAAGAUGAGGAGGAUGUGGUGAUGUUGACCUCACCUGUUUAUUCUGACAAUGAAAUUGAUGUAAUUAUGCAACCAUACCUUUAAAAGUCAUAAUAAUUUAUAUUAAUUUAUAAUAAUAAUAAUAUUUUUUUUUGUUAUUGUAAUGACUUAGGAUGACGUUUCUGCUGCUGACAUCAUCAGAACAUUUCAGAGGGAAAAUCUAAAUUUGGAAGAAAGGGUGAUUGUAGUGGCCAGAAGGAGGAAAAUUCUUCAUAGUGCAUGUACUGCACUGAAAACUAGCUACUUUGCAUGGCACAAAUCCCCACAAAUUGAAUUUGUAGGUGAAAGUGCUGAUGACUAUGGGGGACCUAGCAGAGAAUUUUUCAGGCUUCUGAUGCAGGGUGUGCAGUCAUCAUUCGGAGUUUUUGAGGGGAAAACAGGCCAGAUGGAUUGCUGACUGUGGUGUGCCUGGAAUUUUCAGUGCAGCACCUAAUAUGAGACGGAUCUAUGGUCAGCUAAUCAAACACCACAUUUACUUCAGAACUGCAGACAUGAUCGCCCAAUUCAAGGAAGGCAUGAACUCCUGUGGCAACUUGUGGCAGAUUGUCGAAAAAAACUGGAAGGUCUUCCUUCCCUUGUUCACAAAUGAGGAGAAACAAUUAACAAGAGAUGAAUUUAGAGCCCUAUUCACCAUUUGCUGGAGUGAGGAGGGAAGCAACCUCAGGGAAAAGGAGGAAGACACCAUAUUUUGCUGGGAGCUCCUGCUGAAUUCAAUUCAGGAAAAACAAUCAACAAUCACCUUCCAGGAGAUGCUGGUAUUUAUUACUGGUGCAGACAGCAUUCCCCCACUGGGCUUCCCCGGAGAACCGAGAAUUGAGUUUUACACUCAAGAAAAUCGCCGGCUUCCAUUUGCAUCAACUUGUGGCAUGGUGCUCUUUUUGCCUCGAGGCAUCCAAGAAGAGGAGGAGUUGACUGACCUGCUUAACACAGCACUCAAAGGUUACCUUGGAUUUGGAAAAAUUUAAUUCAGUUAAUUUCGUCAAAUGUUAAUUAAAGGGAUAGUUGACCCUAAAAAUAAUUUUCUGUCAUUAAUUACUCACCCUCAUGUUGUUCCAAACCCACCCAUAAAAGUUUUGUGAACCCAUAAACAAAUUAAGAUAUUUUUAAUGAAAUCUGAGAG